AUGGCAAUUAAUUUAAGGUGUAAAACAAAUGUUCGCGUCUUACAAAUAAUUCGUAAAUAUUGUGAAGGUAAAAACGAAUCAUUGUAUGAGAAACAUGAGAGGGGCCAACAGCCAAGGAAAGUGUAUGGAGAGUUGUAUCCUGAUUGGAGAAAACCUUGGCAUAAGCGGGAAGGCGAAUCAAGAAGCAAACUAAACAUUUUCGCUGAAAAAAAUCCUAGCAUGAGUGUCCUUAAUGCUAUGCACAAACUUCCGAACAUUACCGUUACUGAUAUUAAAUUGUGGUGGAAAGACAUGAAAGUGAUACAGGAAGAAGUUAACCAAAAGUUCUUACCUGAGAGAGUUGCUGCUCUAGGCAGUAAUUUAGCAGCACUUCACUUCUUCACUUACCGACAAUGUUCUGUUAGAUUGAGGGGAUCCAAGGUAUGGAUUUCUGGAGACAUAACAUCUUUAGACUUACCAGAUCACUUUGUUGAUGGCUAUUUCAUUGAAGCAGUAGACUGCAGCAAGUUUCACCAUAAUGGUAUUAGAUAUGAAGGAAUCCAAAAUCUAUCAGGCCUCAAUUUCCUUAAAUGGCUCUCCUUAAAGAACAAUAAAUAUGUUGAUGUCUGGUGUCUAGACAGACUAGCAGGACAAAACGGAAAUAGUUUGGAAUUCCUCGAUAUUAGCGGCUGUAAUAUAUGUGAAGGCUCAAUACUUGCAUUAGCAAGAAUGACAUCAUUAAAAUAUUUAGUUAUUAGUGAGCCCGGUGAUAAUUUAGAACUUCAGUCUGCUAUUUCUUUGCUGGAAGAGGAGAGACCAGAGUUACUGAUAAAAACUAUUCAGUAG